CGGGGCUGGGGCUCCGCUCUAGCCGGGCGUUUCUUACCCGCGGCCUCCGCGGGCCUGUGUCACCGAUUACCUGCGCGUCCGUCACAAUCCUCUGGCCUGAAUCUUGGCCGUCAACAAAACCUCGGGCCUUGAGCUGCCAGGACUGGCGGCGGCCUUACCGCCCGUCUCAGGCCACUCCUGAUCCAGUUACCGACCCUCUAGGCCGGUGCUCCUCCGGUGGUCACACUCACCACCAACAGAUAGACCUCUCUGGCCUAAGAGCCAGGAUGCGCUCCUCCGCCUCUGAUGCAGAAUUUGAUGCUGUGGUUGGGUGUUUAGAGGACAUUAUUAUGGAUGACGAGUUCCAGUUACUGCAGAGGAACUUCCUGGACAAGUACUACCAGGAGUUUGAAGACACAGAAGAGAAUAAACUCACCUACACCCCCAUUUUUAAUGAAUAUAUUUCCCUGGUAGAGAAGUACAUUGAAGAGCAGCUGCUGGAACGUAUCCCAGGCUUCAACAUGGCGGCUUUCACAACGACACUGCAGCACCAUAAGGAUGAAGUGGCUGGUGACAUCUUUGACAUGCUGCUCACAUUCACGGAUUUUCUGGCUUUCAAGGAGAUGUUCCUGUACUACAGAGCAGAAAAGGAAGGCCGAGGACUGGACUUAAGCAGCGGCUUGGUGGUAACUUCUCUGUGCAAAUCCUCUUCUACACCAGCUUCCCAGAACAACCUGCGGCACUAGGUCCCACCUUCAGACAUGAGUGUGAUCACUAUGAGGUCACCUACCCAGCCGGCUCAGAGAAACAUGGGCUGCUGAUGACAGAUGCAUCUUCAUUCAUGUGAAGUUUUGAUGAGUCCUGGAAAACAUGACCGACGCUCCUGGCCCUUGUCCAGAAACACCAUGUAGUCAGUAACCUCCAUGUUCAUCCCUCCCGUCCCAAUGCAGGCACCUCCCCCAGGUGCUUCAGAGUGACUCCUGGAGCAGGCCCCCUGUGGCCACCUGACCUGGGGGCCUCCCCCAGCAGUGUGCUAGUGUAGUGUGUCAUCAGUGUGGACAACACACCCUCAUGAACCCUUCAUCCCGGCAGACUUCACAUGAGUCCUUGUGCACCUGUUUUCACGUGGGUCAGUUUCAGUCCUCAGCCUCAAUGGGGUUUUUGUUUGGGAGUGUUUAUCUAGGGAGUUCCUGGGGCCAGCUGUCCUGAUUUCUGAGUCUUCUGUGACUACAGCUUGCCUGGCUGUAGGAAUCAAUGAGAGAUGUCCUCUACCCCAGUGAAAAGGAACUCCCGUCUUACAUCAGCAUCCUUUCCACACAGUUCUGCUGCUCUUGCUGCAGACCCAUCGUUCCUCUAAGUCUCUAAGCAUUCUUUUCAAGAAACAUUUUUAUAGAUGAAAACUCAGGCUAACCUAGUGAGUAUGAUCUUGGAACGCCCAUGAUCAACCACUUCAAAGAUCAAAGUAUUAUAUGCUGUGUGCUUCUUAGUUGUGAGUGCUGCGCGUGCAAAUCUGCUUUCCAAUUAGUGCACCAGUGCAAACAGGCUGUAUGCUAGAAACAGGCUGCAGCUCUGUCACAACAGCAUGCUGAGUGUGCUUGUGCAUGCUUGUCUACAGUCCUGUCACGACAGUGUGCUGGGUGUGCUUGUGCGUGCUUGUCUGCAGCCCUGUCACGAGUGUGCUAGGUGUGCUUGUGCGUGCUUGUCUGCAACCCUGUCACGAGUGUGCUAGGUGUGCUUGUGCGUGCUUGUCUGCAGUCCAUUGUGCAGGCCAGUGAGCUGGGUUUGCUGUUGGGAGAGUAGGUUGUCUGCAAUUUGUUCCCGUAACAGUCUCUCCUGCCAGGGUGAUGCUCCCCUGAUCCAGCUCCGCCUCGGGGAGGGGCAAUACAGUUUUUCAGUCACCUGUCAUCUUUGGUGGACUGUCACCAACCAGAAAGCGUGUGUGUCACAUCUCUAGAAAGAAGAAAACGGUUCAAUUCCUAAUGUAUACUUUUUACUUUAACUUUUAUAGUAAAAAUAAGAAUCCACGCUGACUUCCCAUGUGACCAUUCUGAUUUUACAGGAUACAAGCUAAGCACUGUGUUUUUUCUGUAGCAAUGUGUCAUUUAGUGCUUUUGUAAAAUGAGUAAAAUUUGAGGUGUUUGGCAAGAAUCAUCAUUA